AUGAAUAUCGACCAAAAUAAUAAUAUUGAAAAAAAAAUAGCGAAUAAAAGAAAAGGAAACAUGAACAAGAAAAAAAAUAUACUACUAAAUCAACCGAAGAACGAUGAAGUAAUUAUGAAAAAGAAUAUGAAAAAGGUGAAAAAUGAAAAAAUAUGUAAAAAUGGAAAAGACAAUAUAGAAGAAACCUCAACACAUUUGAUAAAUAGAAGAAGAAAAGAUAAUCAUAUAAAGGAAGCUAUAUACAAAGAUUUAGAAAAAGAAAAGAAAUUUGCAUCUUCCACCAAGGGUACAUCGAUAAAAUCUAGUGGUUUGUUAGAUUUAAAUAAAGAAGAGCAUGUUGAAAAGGGCAUGGUUGAUAAUAAAAGUGUAAUAACAAGAACGUCUUCUAAUUAUUCCAUAUUGAAUUAUUUUAAAAAUAGUAAGGACACCAAUAAAAGUGGCAUGACGAACAAUAAUAAUAAUAAUAAUAAUAUUAAUAAUAUUAAUAAUAAUAAUAAUAUUGUGAAGACAAGUAGUGGUUCCAAUAAGACACGUAAUAUUUCUAAUAAUAGAAAUAAUAUUCAUAAUAAGCCUAAUGGCUAUAAUUUAAAAAGAGAUAAUAUAAAAAUUACUAAUUAUAUGAAACAAAGCGAUAGACACAUUGAAAAGAAUAAUGAGGUUCAUUUAGAUAAGCAUGGAUAUAAGGAUGAUAAUUAUAAGAAGACGUUUAAUCAUAAUAACUAUUUAAGUAUGAAAAAUAAUAUAGAAAACAAUUUGAUGAAUUAUAAAAAAUGUAAAUUAGAUCGAAUUCAUGCAGAAAACAAUAGUAGCAUAGAUUCAUUUCAAUCAAAGGAUGAUAAAAAUGUAAUUAUUGAAAAUAAGGAUACAUAUAAAAACAAAGAAUAUAUGAUAAAUAAAGACGUUGUUAAUUUAACUGAGCAUAAAAAUGAUUCAUAUGAUAUGGUAUGCAAUCGUUUAGGUACAAGUUGUAAUGUAUUGAAUACUAUAUCCUUAUCACAAAAAAAUAAUGACAAUAUUAAUUUGAAUGCAUGCAAUAAUUCUUUAGUAAUAAAAGGUGAAGAAAGGAAAAGUAGAUGUACAGGUCAGAAUCGUGCAUCUUCAGUUGGUUUGUUAAAAAGAAAUUCUAUAUAUAAUUAUAAAGAAAAUUUGAGGGAUGAUCUUAUAAAUAAUUGUGUUGAAAUGGAAAAUAUGGAUACAACUAAGAAUAUUAAUAAUAUGAAAAACUUGGAUUGUGUGAGUAACAUAAAUUAUGUAAAUAAUAUUAAUAAUAAUGUGAAUAUCAAUAAAGGGCUUAUAAACAGUAGCCAAGAAAUAAAUAAUAGUUGUAAAAAUAUUGAAUAUGAAUUAAAUGAUCUAAAUAAGGAAGAAGAGAAUAAUAAUUUUUUAUAUAAUUUUAAAGAACGAAAUACAGAAUAUUUACAUUCUAUUAAUAUACCAUAUACUUCAAAUAGUAAUAAUAACAUAAAUAAAAAUCAUCUAAUGACAUCACUUCCAACUGAAUAUAGAAAUAAAAGUAGUAAAAGUAGUGAUGAAUUAUUUUCUAGAAAUUUAUUAGAUUUUGAGAAUUUUUGUUCCUACAAAUUUAAAAGGAAUAUAAAUAAUAAUUUGGUAAAUAAUAUAUGUAACAUGUAUGAAGAAGUAAAUGAUUUGGAUGUGUAUCCUGAACAAAUGAAAAGAGGUGAGGGGAGUGUAUCAUAUGGUGAUAAUAAUAUGUGUAAUAAUAGAAAUGGGUAUGAAAAUAAUAUAUAUAAUACAAUAAAAAGAAAUAGUUACUUUUUUCAUCCUUAUAAAGAUGAUCAUUUUGAAGGAGAGAAAUUAUUUAAGAAACCUCGAAUAUGUGUUUACAAUGUGAUUAAUAAUGGGAACAAGUAUGAUAAUAAUAACCUAAGUGUAAGUCAUUAUGAUGAUGUAGAAAAGAGAAGACGAGUAAAUUUAGGAAGCAGUGGUAAUAUGGAUUUGCAUUAUCAUCAUUCAGAUUUAUUAAUAAAUAAGAGAGAAAAGGUUAUCAUAAAUGAGGAUGUGAAUAAUAAGGAAAUCAUGAAAGGAUAUAUAAAAAAUUUUUGGUAUUUGAGUAAAAAAAUUUUUUUUGGAAAAUAUAAAAACUGCGCAGUAAGUUUAGAGAAUGAGGAAGUUGAAAGAUUAAAGGAGAUUAUUUCUUUUGAUGAGAAAAAGGGGAAAUACACUUUGGAGGAUUUAUUUGGUUGGGAAGAGAGAAAGAAUUUUGAAAGGAAGAAAGAGGAAAAAAAGGACACACAUGGAGGUAAUAAAAUGGGAAAUUAUGGAGAUAAAAAUUGGGAGGAUAAUUAUUGCAAGAGUGAAUAUUAUAAUAAUAAUAAUAAUAAUAAUGAUGAUGAUGAUGCUUAUGAUGAUAAUGAUGAUGAUAGUACCCUUUUGGAUGAAGGUAUGAAAGAUAUUUGUGAUGAUGAGACCAUAUCUGAAAAGGAUUAUGUGACGGAUAAGAAAUUAAAAAAUUUUCGAUUGGAUUUAAUUGAUGGUUUUUUAUAUGACAAGCAAUCCUUAUAUGAAAGAGAGAUGAUAGAGAAUGAGAAAAUAUUUUCGAUGAUAUCUUUUAAUCAUAAGAAUUAUGAUAUACAUAUUGAAAAAUUAUUAAAUUUAUUUCCCCGUGAUUUUAUGAAAAAAUAUAAAAUAGUAAAAAAAUUAGGGGAAGGUGUAUAUGGAAAAGUAUUUAAGGCUGAAUCGUUAGAUGAUUGUUAUUUACAUUUUGCUGUUAAGGUAUUAAGAUAUUUUUGGCCCAAUUUUAAAUAUAAAUUUGGUUCUGAAGAAUUUGCAGUGAACGAAUAUAAUAUAAUGAGAAUAUUAUUUCAUCCGAAUGUUGUCUGUUUAAUAGAUAGUUUUCGUGUACAUACAUAUCGAAAAGGAAAGACAAAAAACCAUCGUAAUAAUAAAGGAAUGAUAAAUGAUGAAGAUUCUGCAGCUGAAUAUGAUUUUAGUUUUCAGAGACAUCGAAAACCUGAGAGGAAUCAAUAUUCCCCUUCUCUUGAAACUGUUCAAAGAAAUAAUAGAUAUAGUAAUUUUGUAGCCAAAAAUUGUAUAACAAUAGAAGAUUUGGAAAAGGAUUUGGUUAUGCAUAGUAUAGAUAAGCCAGAAAAUGUGGAACAAAAUUUUAGUUCCUACAGGGAUGGUCACGUUUAUAAUAAUGAUAUAACUAUGGGAGGAAUGUAUAAGAAGGGUGUUAAAAAAGGAGAACAUGAUAGCAAAAAGGUUUUGUUGUAUAUGGGGGGUACUAAUAAUGUGAUGGAUAAGUGUAAUAUAAGAAAAGAUUCCGAUGAUGUGUAUUGUAACUACGAUUAUUUUAAGGGUAACGCGGCCGUAACAAAUGAUAAUAACAAAAAUGAUGAUGAUAAUAACAAAAAUGAUAAUGAUAAUAACAAAGGUGGUGGUGAUAAUAACAAAAAUGGUGAUGGUGGUGAUGAUGGUGGUGAUGAUGGUGGUGAUGAUGGUGGUGAUGAUGGUGAUGAUGAUGAUGAUGAUGGUGAUGAUGAUAUUAACAAUGGUUAUGUUGGUAACAAUUUUGUUAAUAAGCAAGUUCGUGGUGUAGGUAAAAUAUCACGAGGAGUUCAUAAUUACGCAUACAAGAGUUCAUGCAGAAAAAAAAUGAGAAAAGGUCAUGUGAGAAUAAAAGAGAAUACUAGAACUAUUGAUAAAUUAAAAUAUAGGAAACAUUCGAAAAAAUUAAAAAAGAUUGAAAAUAAGAAUAAUGAUUAUAUAGAGAAUUGGGAUUUGUUUUUAGUAAUAGAAAAGUGUGAUUGUAGUUUGAAUGAUAUAUUAAAUAAAGUAAAGAAAAAGCAUUCUUUAUUUAUACAGCACAUAAAGCAAUGUACAGCUCAGUAUUUACCAAAUGAAAGGAUUGAUAUGACAUAUGACCAUAUACGUAAUUAUGUAAAAUAUGUUUAUUUACCAUUAAAAAAAAUAGAAAAUCGAAGCUUUUAUCCUGAAAUGCCAUCUUUAACAGAAAUCCAAACAAAAGUUGUGAUAUAUCAAAUGUUACAAGGUAUUAAUCAUUUUCAUAAGAAAUUUAUAAUACAUCGAGAUAUUAAACCGGCUAAUACACUUAUAAAAAAUAUACAAUACUUGUCAGAUGGAUUGAAUGAUCCCAAAGAAUGGAUAGUCAAAAUAGCUGAUUUCGGAUUAGGUGUAUAUGAUCAUUUCUUAAAAGCAGAAACAAAGGAUUCAAAUAUUAUAACUUUACAAUAUAGACCACCAGAAAUUUUAUGUAAUAGUACUUUAUAUAAUUAUUCAGUGGAUAUAUGGUCAGUGGGUAUAACCAUGUGUGAAUGUUUAUUAGGUUUCGUUCCUGUCACAUCGAAAUUUGAAUCAUCUGUUUUAUUUAAGAUAUUAGUAUUUAGAGGUAUCCCUAAUGAAAAUUUCGAUGACCUUUUAAAAAAAGAAUUUAUUGGAGAAUUGCCUAAAUUUAAAAUUGACCGAUUGAAAAUGUUACAAAUUAUAUUUACGGAUAUAUAUGGAAGAAGAAUAUUGAGUGAUGAGGGUUUGGAUUUAAUAGAUCAGUUCUUAAGUUACGAUUACAAAAAUAGGAUAACAGCUAAUGAAGCUUUAAAGCAUAAAUGGUUUGAAGAUGUACACCUACAUUUGAAUGAAGAUUUGUUGAGAUAUUACAAAGAUAACGGAACAUAUUACUUUUAG